UUUUGGACUGCAGACAAGAUGGCCGCGGACUGCCAGCCGUGUUAAUUCUCACACACUUGUUAUUUCUGAUGAUAUAAGCUAAUAUUUGAAAGUUCCGGGCAGAGAUGGGUUUAUCACAGAGUUCAGAAGUAUCCGAGGGAGGGACGUAUGGAUACCACGUCCACGGCGUGCAGCCAAGUUCCCCUGCAGAAAAGGCCGGACUGCAGCCCUUCUUCGACUUCAUUCUAUCUUUGGACAACAACAGACUGAAUGAUGAAAAUGACCUGCUGAAGGAGCUUCUGAAAGCCAACGUGGAGAGAGCCGUGAAGAUGGAGGUUUACAGCACAAAAACCAUGAGGGUUCGUGAGCUGGAGGUGUUGCCCAGUAACAUGUGGGGAGGACAGGGCCUGCUGGGGGCCAGUGUUCGCUUCUGCAGCUACCAAGGAGCCAAUGAGAACGUCUGGCACGUUCUGGAUGUGGAAGCCAGUUCACCUGCUGCACUGGCUGGACUUCAGCCACACAGUGACUACAUCGUUGGAGCAGAUCAAGUGUUGCAAGAUUCAGAAGACUUCUUCUCGCUGAUCGAGGCCCAUGAAGGGAAGCCCCUGAAGCUGCUGGUGUACAACACACAGACAGAUGUCUGCAGGGAGGUGGUGGUCACACCAAACGGAGCGUGGGGCGGAGAGGGCAGUUUGGGUUGCGGCAUUGGUUAUGGCUACUUGCACCGAAUCCCAGCAGCAAAUCCUGACACACCGACGGAAAUGCCUCCGACCCCUGUUCCUGAGGAGGAACCCCCCCUAAAGCUGCCUACCCAUGGAUUCAUGGAGGCGCCUUUGAUGGCACCUUCAAGCCAAAGUGAAGAUCUGUUAGACCUGGAGCAAGUCACCCUCCAGGAAGGUCCUCUACCUCCACCCCUCCAGAGAGUCAUGGACCCUGGUUUCUCAGACUCUGACGUGGUUGUGGUGAACCCUGACGUUGCAGACUUGGUGGACAGACUGGAACUGUCCAUGUCAUCCAUCGACAUGACCAACACCGCACUGGCUAUGCACGAGGAGAAGGACGGAGACAUCUCUGGUGUUGAGGAGCUGGAAGACAGUUUGCUGCUUUCAUCAUCAGCAGACAACCAGACUGACCCACGAGAGCUGAGCUCCCAGGCAGCCAUGGACCUCACUUCUGCUCUGGCUUCAGAUGACACUUUGUCAGAUUCAGGCAUCCCACCGGCUGAAACAUCUCCCCUGGAGUCCACAGACCUACCCGCCUCUCUCUGCGAGUCUAGCAACAGCCCAAGUCCACCUUUGGGUGCACUGUCUCUCCCCGUGGAGUCCCCCGAGCCUCCUGUUGAGUCCCCCGAGCCUCCUGUUGAGUCCCCUGUUCCAGUUGAAGACCCCCCCUGCCCAUCUCCUGUCGAUCUCCUCCAAUCCUCUGCUGUUAAUGAGUCAACAGCGGAUGAUUUCCCCGCUCAGGCCAUCGACGAUGAAACAGGGCGAGCGGAGGAGUCAGCAGAGCCUCUAGAUGUGGCUCCUGCUCACCACUGCAGCCACGAGAGUGAUGAGGAGGAUCCGGAAAAGCCGCCUCUUGAGUAAGCGUGCAUCAGGCCACACACAAAGUGAAGCUGACAAUCACUGGGGCUUUUUAAAGAAACACUAUAUAGGAAAUACAGGACAGACCGAGGGAAAGGCUGAAUAAUUUUAUACUGAUAUCUUAAAUCAGGUUAGUUACACUACAGAAACCAGCUAAAGCAUUAGCAUAGAAGUAUAGAAACACUUAGAGGCACUGUAGGAACAUCCUAUUUGUUUUAUAUGUGAGAAUCUAAAGUUACUGCUCAUUUGUACGCCAAGGUUAUAAUGUGAUCAACAUGAUCCCUUGCUUGGUGCAAAAUUAAGAGUAUACGGGUGACAAAACUUUGCCUCGGGUACACAAAUGUCAUGAAUACUUGAACACUUCCAAAGAUAAACACAUACAUUUACUACAGCAAAGCACAGCUGCACCUUCAUAUCAAAUAACACUCAAUGUUCCUGAAGCUACCAGACUGUUGGCAGGUCAGAUGAGACAUUACAAUGUUGUGGUGCAUUUAUACAUCUGUUAUCCAUGUGUUUCAAAGAAGCUAAUAACGAUUUAAAACUGGCUCACUAAAUUAUAGGAGGGGAACUUUUACUGUAGUUCAUGGCCUCUGUAUUGGAUUUUAAUGUGUUUUUGAUGUGGUAUGAGAUAAAUUUUGUCCACUUGUACUGUGAAACCAGUCAGUGCAAGUUUUUACACCAGAUUUGAUGGUCAGUAUGUUUUAACACUGUAUUUUAUUUGAUUUAUUCGGCCAUGCAGUCUGUGAUCUGUUUGAAAACAGUUUUUACUGCUUGUAUCGUGUCCCCAUUACGAAAGCUUUGAAAUGCAAUAUUUUUUCCCCUCACGAUUAUUCUUUCACAGAUGAAAAACUGUUUUUUUAAUGAUUGUGAGGGAAAACACUACUUGUCUUUCAGGGCUUCCAUGCUACAUGUCUCCUUCAACGCUAUUCUUACUUUGUAAUUUUUGUGAUCUAUGCAACAGUAGACAAGUACUGCCUGUGACUUGACAGAUAAAGUGUAAAUCCUUUCAUAUAUAGAGUAUGUAAGAAGUAACAGUGAUGCUGCUGUUGAGUAUGUUUUGUGUUUUUCUAGGGGGCUUCUCAAUGUUUUUCACAGUCAAGUAGGUGCUAGUGUGUAAAAUAAGGAAAAGUAUUUUUGCAAAUAUUUUAUCAAUUAAUUGUAUGUUUUAUUAGGAAUGAGUGCAGAGUCUUUUGAUGAAUGUGAAAUGGGUGAAUCUUGGAUGGUUAAACAAUCAUAUCACUUGGCUUAAAAAAAGAAAUUGUCCCUUGUUUUUCUUAUUUCACGCUCAUCAGCUGAACACAUUACAACUCAAGAAACAUCCAUUUAAAAUUCCCAUAAUCUGUCAUUGUUAAACCAUUCCAAUUUAUUUCUUCGAAUGCCUAAAAUAUACAUAUUUCACAAAUUAUUACAAGGGAUAUUAAAGUGUUUACGGCCUAAUUAUGGUACCCAUCACGUUUUUGGCCAAUUAGAGCUCACUCGAUGCAUCCCCACUAUGGCGUUAAAACACACUCAACAUGGCAAAAGUAACUGCAGAAAAUUUACAAUGAAAAGAUCUGUUGUUCUGCCUGGUGACACACACCAAGAGAGAAUGAGACUGUUUAUUUCUCUGCUGAAUUUUCCCACAGUGGUUGAAUAUUUAUAUAUUCUCUUGGAUGAGAUUCCCCUUCAAGUUAUAUUCAUGUUUCAUUGAACUCCUAUAGAAUCUAAAUGAAAUAUACAUUAGGAACAGCCCUCACUGUCAUCAAAGUCCCUGCUCAUGGCCCAAGCACAGAGCGAGUAAGCAUGAGUUACUGUUAAAGACUGCUCCCGACUGCUAAGAUGACUUGGGCGACUACUAACAUUCGUAAGAGUAAACUGACAUUUCUGGGUUGUAGUGAAUACAACUUUUAACAUCCCAGUCAAAUUACUUUCAUGAUCAUGAAUGUGCUUUAGCAAUUUUGAAAAAAUGACAGUUGGUUUUAAGUAAACUGUACAACAACACAAUAAAACUGCUGCAAAACCAAAA